UCAAUGAAAUUUGUCAAAAUUCUGUUUUCGCGAUUGUUGUUCCACAGCGAAAAUUCUCCUAUAACUGUUACAGAGGAAAUCACAAAGAAAAUUUGCUUUAUUUCGAGUAUCUCAGCUCUAUUGUAUAACGCCAACCGAAGAAAUGGCCGAUUCCGACCUGGCCCGCAAGAAUUGGGAGCUGGAGAACAACAUCGAAACUCUACCGCCGAGCGACGAAAUUUUCCGGUACGAUUCCGAGCAGCAGCAGCGCAUUCUAGCGGCCCGGCCAUGGGAAAAGGAUCCGCACUUCUUCAAGGACAUCAAAAUUUCGGCGUUAGCACUGUUGAAGAUGGUUAUGCAUGCCCGUUCCGGAGGUGCCCUAGAAGUGAUGGGUUUACUGCUGGGUAAGGUCGAAGAGGACACGAUGGUGGUGAUGGACGCUUUUGCUUUGCCGGUCGAGGGAACCGAGACUCGGGUUAACGCCCAAUCGCAGGCCUACGAGUACAUGACGGCCUACAUGGAGUCGGCCAAGGAGGUUGGGCGAUGCGAAAAUGCUAUCGGUUGGUAUCACAGCCAUCCGGGGUACGGCUGUUGGCUGUCGGGAAUCGACGUUAAUACGCAGAUGCUCAAUCAGAACUACCAGGAGCCGUUUGUCGCUAUCGUUGUUGAUCCGGUCAGAACGGUGUCGGCUGGCAAGGUGUGUCUGGGAGCGUUCCGGACUUAUCCGAAAGGAUACAAACCGCCAAAUGAGGAACCGUCCGAGUAUCAGACAAUUCCUCUAAAUAAAAUCGAGGAUUUUGGUGUUCACUGCAAGCAGUACUAUCAGCUGGAUGUGUCCUACUUUAAAUCGGCUCUCGAUCGGAAGCUGUUGGAUUCGCUGUGGAACAAGUACUGGGUUAAUACUCUCGGCAGCUCGGGAUUGCUGAGCAAUGCGGAUUAUACCACCGGUCAGAUUCUGGAUCUGUCUGAGAAGCUGGAACUGAGCGAAGCUAGCCUCGGACGCGGUCCGUUCGUGGUGACUGGGACCGAUCCGAACGAGAAACGUACGGAGGAUAAGCUCUCGAAGGCUACACGAGACUGCAGCCGGGCAUCGAUCGAAUUACUGCACGGGCUGAUGGCGCAAAUCGCCAAGGAUAAACUUUUCAACAUGGUCAACGUUAAAAAUAAGUGAGUCAAUUUCUCAUAAAUUCGAAUAGAUUGACACAAACCUUUGAAAAUUUUCUUUAAAUUUAUUAAAAACAUUUCACAGCA